AACCAGCACUAGUACUUGAGUACUUUCAUACGUUAUUGGAAAAGAGAAAAAGGAUGAGAGUUUUGGCUCUAGUUUUCAAUUACAACUACGGUCCAGCAGGAAGAGAUCUUAACUACAACUUGCUAAAUGACCCUGAUGCUGUAGAAACAGACGCUACCAUGUCUUUCAAGACAGCUCUUUGGUUCUGGAUGACUCCACAGCCCCCCAAACCUUCAAGUCAUCAUGUAAUCACCGAAAAAUGGACCCCAUCCGCCACAGACAUCGCAGCUGGUCGAGUCCCUGGGUACGGGGUCAUUACCAACAUCAUCAACGGUGGCAUUGAAUGUGGCAAAGGUCCAAACGCACAGGUUGCGGACCGCAUCGGGUUCUAUAAGAGAUACUGUGACUUACUGAAAGUUGGUUAUGGCAACAAUCUUGACUGUUACAACCAAAAGCCCUUUGCUUAGAGAAAUCCAG